UUCCAUCCGAAUGCGUUCUUAACCUUGACCUCUCAGACCUAACCCUAAACCCAUCUCUCUCUCUUUCUCUUUUUCUUACAAGCUUCAUCUUCAUGUGUUACUAAUCCAGCUCCAGUUUCAUUUUACAUGUACAAGACCUUGUAUCUCUUUUAUUUUUCUCUUCUUCAAAUUUUCAAUAUUCUGUAUCCAUCCUCAAGCUAAGCUACUGUUUUUGAUUCGAGCAAAAAAGGGGAUUUAUUAAAUUAGGGCUUUCAAUUGUUUGCCUUUUUUUCUUUGCUUUUCAUUCAAGAAAUGGAUCAGCUCUCUCGCUCUCUCCCUCCACCUUUUCUCUCAAGAGAUCUUCAUCUUCAACCCCACCAUCAAUUUCAGCAACAUAAUCACGGCCACGAAAUCGACCAACACCGAAUCGGCGGCCUAAAACGCGACCGAGACAAUGAAAUCGAUCCAAACGAGCACUCUUCAGCCGGAAAAGAUCAAAACACUCCCGGUUCCGGCGGAGAAAGCGGCGGCGGUGGUGGAGGAGGAGAUAAUCAAGUCACGAGAAGACCACGUGGAAGACCAGCCGGAUCCAAGAACAAACCAAAACCACCAAUCAUCAUCACUAGAGACAGCGCAAACGCUCUCAAAUCCCACGUGAUGGAAGUAGCUAACGGAUGUGACGUCAUGGAGAGCGUCACCGUCUUCGCUCGCCGUCGGCAGCGUGGUGUCUGCGUUUUGAGCGGAAACGGCGCCGUUACCAACGUUACAAUAAGACAGCCAGCUUCGGUACCCGGUGGUGGCUCGUCCGUCGUUAACUUGCACGGACGUUUCGAGAUUCUUUCUCUCUCGGGAUCUUUCCUCCCUCCUCCUGCUCCACCGGCGGCUUCCGGUCUGACGAUUUACUUAGCCGGUGGUCAAGGACAAGUCGUUGGAGGGAGCGUGGUGGGACCACUCAUGGCUUCGGGACCUGUGGUGAUUAUGGCUGCUUCGUUUGGGAACGCUGCGUAUGAGAGGUUGCCUUUAGAGGAAGAAGAUCAGGAAGAGCAGCAGCAAAGGGCUGGAUCGGUAGGUAAUAAUAUAGAUGGAAACGCAACGAUGGGUGGUGGAACGCAAACGCAGGCUCAGCAACAGCCGCAGCCGCCUCAGCAGCAACAAUUGAUGCAAGAUCCGACGUCGUUUAUUCAAGGGUUGCAACCGAAUCUUAUGAAUUCAGUUCAAUUGCCUGGUGAAGCUUAUUGGGGAACUCCAAGACCAUCUUUCUAAAUCGCCAAAACAAAGUUUGUUGUUCAUUUAUAAUUAUAUCAAAUUUUAUUUUUAUUUUAUCUAAAAGAUAAUUGUAGCCUUCGACGAAGAUUUGUGGGUACGUAUGAAAUCGAAGAGAACCGUUUUGGUCACGAGAUUGGUCGAUCGGUCUUUUAGGACUGAGAGGGGGUUUAAUGUGUUUGCGUUGACUUGGAGAUUAUAAAUUGUUGUUUUUCGUGUUUUAAUGAUCCAUGUGUUGGUGAUAACUAAGAUUUGCGUAUAU